AAAAGAAAAAAGCAAUGGUUCGUGGUUGCGCAUUUCCGAAUUGUAACAACAAAAUGUCAAAAAACACUUGGCGCAGCUUUCAUAGACUCCCUUUGUUGGAUAAGGACUUGCUGAAGUUGUGGCUAGCUGUGCUGCAAAUGGAUCUCAAAACUCCGGUCCAUACGCUGCGCCUUGCAGACCAUCGGGUCUGCAGUGACCAUUUUGCCCGGGAUGACUACUGCCAGUCAAAGAGGAGAAAGAAUCCCAAGCACAUUUUCCUAAAGAAAACAGCUGUUCCAAAAGUGGAGAUACCUGCUGCAGACAGAGUGGAGGGAACCACAGGUGCUGCACCCAGGAUGUGCUCCGUCGUCGGAUGUGAUUCGUGGCGUCGAAGUGCCCAAAUGUUCAAGUUACCGGAGGAUCCAGAGAGCAGACUGGAGUGGGUUCAGUUCAUUUUCGAAGUCAACGGGCAACGACUUAAAGAAUCAUCCUGGACUGAUAUCACCAUUUGUAUUGAACACUUUACCGAUGACUCUUUUGAGCACCUGACUCCAGCGACUGGCACGGUCCAGCUAAAGCCGAGCGCUGUCCCAUCACUGUGUGUCAAGUCAGAGCCCGAGGACCCUCUGGAGAGCCCACAAUAUGUGGAGCCUGUGGAAACCAAACAUGCUGAUGGUUCAUGUGAUGAUCCUAAUCCACCAACUUCCCGCUCUAAAAAAUCAAGAACUACUUCAAAAGGUUCUCAAGCAAGACCUUUGUCAAGUGGUGUUUUAAUGUCUAAAAGACCGAAUGCUUCAAACGCUGUCACUUCUGGGUCUGACCUGAUGCAACAAAAACUCCCAAAUAUUGAGUUAAACAGUGAAAAAGCUGCGCUUCUACAGACGUCAGGAAAAUAUGCUGUGAAUGAAAGCUGCCUCCUCCAGCUGUUCCGCCGCAAGUGCCCGUCGUGUGGCUUUAAACUCCUGUUUGAGAAGGUCACCUAUGGGGUGCUCAUCGUCUUGAAGCAACAGUGUCUGAAGUGUGACUAUAAAAACCAGUGGAAAAGCCUCGUCGAUUACACUCUUCCAGCAGCUGUGAAUCAACACCUGACAGGAGGCACAGAAGUAACAACAGAGACCCAACAGGAAAUGCCAACAGAUGACAACCCCAGCAGCACCGUCUUCUCUGAGAUUGUAACUUUCAGUGAUGAAGAAAGUGAUCUGUCAGAUGAAGGAGAGGAAGGUGAUGAAGGUGAGGUGAGUUCAGACGGGGAUUGGAAUCCAACUGGAGAUAUUUUGCUGGCGGAAGAGCUCGCAAAGCAGUCUGAAGAGGAAAGCGAAGAUGAAGAUGAGCUCGAAGAGGAAGAAGAAAACUCUGAUACCCCGGGUGGCCUCAAAAUUAAUGAGCUCUGCACAGAGUGCGGAAGUUUCUUUAAUAUUCUGAAGCCUCACACUUGUGAGCACAAAGUAAAGCCCUUUUCCUGCAAUAUAUGUGGCAAAAGAUGUGUUACCGAGACGUCUCUGAAAAAUCACAGCAAAAUACACGAUGAAACGUACGAGCAUCCCUGCAAAUACUGUUACGUUACCUUCAAAACGAGGGUGGACAAACUUAAACACGAGCAGACGCAUCAAGACGAAAAAGAGCCCUAUAAAUGUCCUGACUGUCCAAAGACAUUUGCCAGCAGUAAAGUACGCAAAGUACACCUGGCAAAUCACAGAACGGAUCCAAAGGUGUACAAAUGUGGAGUUUGUGGGAUUGAAUUUAAGGAUGUUCACCAUCUGCGGAGACACUCUGUCGUGCACACGGGAUUGAAACCGUACAAGUGUUCAGUGUGCGAACGUGGCUUCAACCAGUCAAGCCACCUGAAAUCUCACAUGCGUCUGCACACGGGGGAGAGGCCUUUUAAGUGUCGGCAUUGUGACAAAAGGUUCAAUCACAAUGUGAGCUUGAAGAGUCACGUCCAGCGUUAUCACUCAUCGAGCUCCGGACGUGAACAGAAGAGAGAUAAAACAGAUGAAAAUGCGAGUGACACCGGCGAUGCAGAGGACAGCGGGAAAAAGAGAGGCACAGACUCUGAGUUCGACAAUACAGAAGAAGUUAGAGAGGAGACGGUGCAGAGGGAGAUACCAGAAGUGCGAAAAAGCAAAAAGAGGACCACAGGCAGACCCAGAGGAAGGCCUAAGAGAGAUGCAGCGGGCAACUUGAUUCCAGCAGGACAAACCGAAGGCCAGCGUUCAAACACCAAGACUGCAAAAUCAAAGGCGAAGAAGUUCAAGAAAACAGGUUCCAGUGAUGAGGAAAGCGAGGACGAGCAAUCAGACAGUGACAUGUCCUUUGGAUCUGCAGGAGAGGAGGAGGAAGAAGAAGAAGAGGAGACGGCGAGAAAGAUCACAGGGAGAUCAAGAGGGAAACCAAAAAAUGACAGUGACUCUGAUUUUGACCCAGAAGAAGAAGCAACGAAAAAGAGGUACGGCCGCCAGAGCAGCGGUAAGAGCUCAGGGAAAGGAAGGGGAAGGCCAAAGAAGAAUUCAGAAGAAAAUGAUGAAAAUGCUUAAAACAGAACUCAAGGACUAAUUUAGUGUGAGGAAAUAAAAGAAGCGGUAGGACUGUUAUCUCUUGAGUAGAGAUAUUAAAACAAAUUUAAAAAUGAGAAUCAAAAUAUUAGCACAGGCCAGCCUCUUUCAGACGCGUCUACACACAUACAGGUAUUUCUGAAAAUGGAUAUUUUUCCCUUCUGUUCUAAAAUAUAAUUCUGUCCACACGACAUUUGUAUUAUAAAGUAGAACACAAAAACGGCUCCAAAGGUGCGCCGACGUUAAAGUGUUCAGACUGCCUUUUUCAGAACACCUACUGGAGGUCUCAUCCCAGCUGAUCCCCCAUGGACAGACGGAUGAUUUUUUCUUCCGCUCCUCAGCGACAACAAUCCCACUCGCAAAAUCGUCCCACCCUCUGCUGGUUCGACCGGUCCUGAUAAUUCAGAACCUUAAUUUCUGCGGGACUUAAGCGCUGACGUUGAGGUGGACUGAAUAAAAGGCGGCAGCAGCAGACACCUCCACCUGUACGUGAAGCGGUGCAGCAGCGCUGAGUCUCAUCAGACCGAGCAGUACGAACAAGAUGUAAACAAACCGGAAGUCCGCCGUUGUUGUUACUGUUUCUGUCUCAUUUUCAUUACACAAAGCUACAAUAGGCAUGCACGAAUUAGGAGAUGGUGCCAUGAUUAUUUUAUAUUAUAUAUAAUAUAUUAUUUUAUCGGUCUGUUUUACAUGUCUACACGGAAAGACGAUAAAUGUAGUUUUGAAAAAUCUGCACCUCAGAUGCCAUUUUAGAAACAUUUCAGUUUUAAUGACCCAAAGCUCUGCUUGUGUUUGGACAAGAGGCCAUAACGUAGAGGAAAAUAUACUUUUUCAUCAAUAUAGGUGUAGACGACGCAUAAAUCAAAUCAUCUUUUACCGCGCAGUAAUGGGGGGUCAGGCAGUGAGUCAGUUGAGGGAAAAAUAUCAAAGAUGAUUAAUAUAAAAAGAUGAGUAAUGGGUGCAUGAUAAGAAAGUGACUAUCAGUGUAGGGUAAGGUAAUUGCAAAUAACCUUUGGAUAAUUUGGGUCAACAAAUGUAGGAGAAAAUGGUAUUACUGAUGGGAAAUAUGUACUAUAGUCAUGUAUUGUACAAAUAAUGUAAGUUUUAAGCUAAAAAAAAAGCACCUUUAUACUGAGUUCAGUGCGCUACGGCACGGCCAGUUUUCUUUUGUCCUCUUGUCUUUUUUUAAUCACUGUAAAGCUGCAUAAUUAUGUGAAUUCAGUGAUUUAUCACUUGAUGGGGAAUCAAGAAAUAUUCAGAAAGGAAUUCAUUGUUACAUGCUUUGUUUUUGUUUUGUUUUUUUAAAAAAUCGCUGUUUCAUAAUUUUACCUGUUGGUUAAUAGAUCAGUUUUGCUCAAUGGUAAUUUUCUUUUAUACAAUGCCUUCAAAUUUAUGGAAACAUAAAUUGUUGAAUACGUGGAAAAACAUCUGAGCUUCAGUGAUAUUCAGUGUAGCCUCAGAGAAUAUGGACCAUACCUAUUGUUAAACCAAUUAGUUACAAAUUGAUAAUUUUUAACAUUGCUGCUGACUAUUUUGGAUUAUUUUGCUGCUUUCUCGAUACAAAUUGGUUUCAGUUUACUUUGAAAAAAGCUUCAAAAAUCAGCUUGCAGAUGGUUGAAACUAGCUUGAGAUACAGUUGCUGAAUCAUGAGUGAAAAGAAGUUUUGAUAAUAACACAUUUAUUGAGAUGGAUUGUUUUGAUACUCAUCACCUUGGCACAUUGAAGCACCUCAGAGUUUCUCUGAAUGCACCACUGAGGAAGGCUUUGCAAAAAGCCGGCUUGUAUUCAAACACAAGUAUAUUAGUCUAUUAUUUGGAGGCCGAGUCACGGUCUCUGAUCCCGUGCACCACUUGAGAUAUGACGCAUGCGUGAUGUAACUUAAUAGUGCACCAGCUAUUCAGCCUUUCUGUAAGUGCAGAUCAGAUUUUGCUGCAUAUUAUGCUGUAGCCCAGUGAUAUGAUGCAGUACGACUCUGUGACGACUUCUCUUUUUAACCACCUUGAAAUAUGCGAGGGAGUAAAAUGCAGGUUAAUAAAGAAAGAAACAGAUUACUGGAGAUUUCUUCACUGUUUUGAAUUACCUAUCAAAAGUAAGUUUCAAGUCUCUGCAGGUGCACUGCCACACUGGCCAGAAACUUACUAGAACAUGUUAAAUUAAUGUUAUUUGUAGAGGAUGGUAUAAAAUAUGCACAAUAUCCAGUAUGGACCUUUGAGAGAUUGCAGAGUUUGUUACAUAUAUAUAUUUUUUUUUUUAAAUGUGUCUUUGAGAGCCUGUCAUCUUAGCUUGUGCAUUAGUUUAUUGAGUGCGGUGAGGAAAGAUUCAUAUUUUUACUUAAAAAAAAGAACAAACAAACUCAAACUGGUCCCUGGGGGGCUUCAGUGGAGCUGCGGUGAAACAAGGAUUUGACAGUUGACUUUUUCCCCUAACUCUUAAUGCUUGAAUUUAAAUGUUGAAGUGUUGAGAGUUCCCACUUUGAUCAUAAACCCUGAAUGAAUCUCCCCCGCUCACAUGUUUAUCCUCUCCCCCUCUCUCUCCCUCUCUCUCUGAGCUGGUGCUUAAGCUGGCUUCAAGGUCCAUCAAGUUUUUCUGAGUGUCUGAGUCGGCCUGUUGCUGGGUAAACCUAACGCUGCUGAGUGGAUUAGAUGUGCCGACAGUUUGCAGGUCUGAACGUGGACGAAUGUUAUGAAAACAAAAGUAAAAAGGAAUACAUUUUAGCUUUUAAUGAGCUACUUACUGACUCGUUUCAGAGCGACAGGAUGUGUGCACAAGAGGUAGAUAAAUAGUUUUGAGGUCUCUCAUUCAACUAGUUGUGUAAAUCAGAUACUUGACAAUGUAUUUAAAGCUGAGUGUUUACAAGUCCUCGAUGGAAAAACCGCCACUCAGCUGCAGUUUUUGUAAAGGUCAACAAGACGAAAUGCAAAGCGAGGCUCCUGCUUGGUCUUAUCACCGAGUCAUUUAUCGGAAAAUUUGACAAUCAGUCACAGAAUUAAUUAAAGACUGUAAUUCUGUGGAAUCAUUUUUUCAGAUUGCCCUUUGGCUCAUGAGUCAUCGAGGUUUGAUGGGUUUGAAGGACGGGCUGUUCGUGACUGAUAAUGAGGUAAUUUGUUCAGUGUGCAUAAUGGAUUUAUUCAGCAAACUGUACUUUUUACUUAGUGACCUCUUGAUGGUGCAUAUUGUUAAAUUUCACAAACAAGAUAGCACAGUUUAACCGUUUGAAACCUGGAGUGACAUCAGUUUUCUUUUUGCUGCUUUUCAGAUGCCUUUCACAAG